AUGCAGAAAAUCAUUGAGCUCAUCCUGCGCAAGGUCGAAAUCAACCUCCGCAAUGCAGCUUACAAGCAAUGUACUGGACGCAGCGCCGCGCACAGCCAAGCUAGAUCCACGCUACCUUCGGGUCAGAGUAGCCGCAAGACUUCUGUGAGCUCGGGAUCAAAGCGCAAGUCCCGUUUGGAGGGCAGCCCACCGCCAGAAGAUGAUGAUGACGAUGGCUCCAGCAAGCGACGUCGUGGAUCAACGACCACCACCGAUGAGUCCGAGACCGGUGCGAGGUUCGCAUGUCCUUUUUACAAACACGACCCGGAUCGACAUCGCAACAGGAGAACCUGUCCCGGGCCUGGCUGGCCCACGGUUCAUCGAAUGAAGGAGCAUCUCUACCGGUCACAUUCCCAACCGAUAUUCUGUCCAAUCUGCUACGCAACAUUCAAGUCAGACAAAGAGCAAUCAAGUCACGUGCGUCUGCAACAAUGCGAGAGGUCGUUACCCCAACAGAUCGAAGGGAUUGAUCGCGAGACUGUGUGGACGCUGAGGAAGCGCACCACCGCGCUGAGACUAGAGGAAGACAAAUGGAGAGACGUGUAUCAGGUUCUCUUCCCAGAUGUAUCUGCUGCCGAGAUACCCAGUCCCUUCUACGAUUGCGACUCGCCUAGCGAAACUUCGCGACGCUUCCGCAGAGACCUCCUACGCCGCGUACAAGAAGAGCUACUCAUGGAAUCCGGACAAGUCCCCACUCCAGUCGAGCAACAACUCCUACAACGCGUGGCGCAGAUCACCGACGUGCAAGUGCCAGCUCUAUAA